UGUUUUAGAUCAAUCAUGGCAAAGCCUUUGAUGAGGCUGCAGUUAAAUGGAUUACAGAGUAAGUUAAAUUGCUUUUUUACCAUAUACUUUUUACAACUUGUAGUGUCAUGUCAGAUCUCUAGUAGAUCGAAGUUCCUUGCUGAAACUCCAUGCAGUUAUGUAAGCUUUAUACUAUCCAUGCAUUCAGCGAUCUUCUAUUUUCGUGUUAGUAUUGGGCAUAGUGAAUUUAUUUUCAGCCGUAAAUAGACAGUAGAAAGCUGAACUUGUUAUGUUUAUUGACCGAUGUAAAAAUAGAAAUAAAUAAAUAAGUAAAAAUAAAAGUAAAAAUAUAACGAGAAUCGAAGAAGUAAAGUUAAAAGGCACAUUAUAUUUUGAUGAAAAUGUUUUUCUCUUUGGAAGUUACGGUCGCCUCAUUCCAUGGCCAGAUCGUUCGAAGCCAGAUGAUUCCGUCUUGUUGCCAGAUUGUCAGUUUAAAUCUGGAAGAACGUGAAGGGCGUUUGUUUUGGCUUUUUAGCUUAAAGAAUGAGGUACUAUGUGUAUACAUGAGUAAUGCCUCUGUUUGUGCUCGUGGCUUAAAGACUCAUGAAAAAUUCUGACUACAGUAUAAUUAUUGUGGGAUUGUUUGACUAUUAAGUGGAACGAUCUGAAUUGGAACAAUCUGGCUAUGGAACAAAGUGACCAGAUACCCACAGAAUAUAGACCUUGUCGGAGUGAUUUACAGAUUCUACCUGCCAUUCCUUAGACCUAUUGACUCUUUACCUCUGUGGAUCUCUUUACUUAUCACUAAUUUGAUUUUUUAAACACAUUUUCUCAUCUAAGGGGGACAGAUUCAGUCUCUGUGCCGUGCUGUUGCUUGCACUAGGCUGUCAUCAACAGCUGCAGCGUCUUCACCACCGGUUAGUUUUAUUUUUGUUAAUGUGGUAGUCAGUAUGUUCAGAAUUGGAUGAGAUCUCAGAAUUGACUUUUUGAUGGAAUAUUAUUGUAGUUUAUCCAACCUGAGUAAUCACAAAUUUUAAAGAUGCUAGGUUCAGUGCAAUGCUGGCCCACAGACCAUGCAUGCAGGUAUAUUUUUCUGGUGUUCAAAGGCUUUGUGUUUGUGUGCUCUAGGGCAAUGAUUAAUGGCCAGGGGAGCUAGGUAUCUCCCUCUGGCUACUAUGAACUUGAUCCUUGGCUACUUUCAAAAAACAAGUAGAAGAAAAAUAGAACCAAAAGAAAUCACUAGCUGUUUGAUUCGUCACCAAUUUGGAAGAGAAGAAAAUGUGGCAAUUUGGGUCAUAGGCAUUAGGGUGUAAAAAUGAGGUUGGAGGAGGUAAGAGAAGGGAAGAAAAAUUAUUUUCUAUCUGCCCUGUCCCUUCUGUUUCCUUACUCCAAUUCAAGUGCUUAGUUAUAUGGAAUUUAACAUGGUGGUUACCUGAGGGAAGAAACAAACUGUGUGCCCUGGAAUAGAAGAUGCCAGCAUUGCCAUUUAACUUCGGCCACUUAAACUUUAUUUUUACGUUGCUUACAGGGUUUAAAUAUCAAGAAUUGUUUGAAAACAUACAGUAUUUAAAAGAAUUUGUUAUAAAGAUAGAUAAAAGAAAAGACAAUCUAAGGAGGUAUGUGCAUAGUGGCAAAGAGAGCGGCAGCUUUCAAGUUGGCUACAAUCUUGUAAGCUGUAGAAUUGGAGUCCAUUUUGAAUUGGUGUCAGCUGUUACCACAAUGCCUGAAAAGGUCAAAGAUUAUUUGCUUCCACUCUACAAAAGAUCUACCAAAAUAAAUAAAAGAGACUUUCUUUUGCUCCUGUGGUUUGUUUUGAAAACUAAUCUGAAAGACUGCCUGAAAUACUAAGCCCAAAGCUGAGAAAUGUUCCUUCCAAGUUGCAUCUCAAAGCUUGUUAAACAAUGACCGGAUAAUUUUGUUUUAGGUCAGGGUCUUCUUGGGUCUAAUCCUGCACACCCAUUUUGUUUUGUAGUUACAUGCAUACUGUCCUGUCUUGUUGUCUGUCAAAGCAAACUGUUGUUACUAUUAAUUAAGUAAAAUCUUAUCAAUGUCUUUUGAUGCCUUUGCAGGCCAAGACAUCUUUUGGCAAUAUGAAGGUUGGUAAAUAUUUUUUUUAUUAUUGUGCAUAAUUGCUCAAGUGUCUUACACGUAGCUUGCUUGUGAUAAAUUAAUAUUAUUGGAAUGUGCAAAGAUCAUUGUGAAAUCAUGACUUGCAAAUUACAGAAGUACUCAAAGAUAAAAAUUGAAUCUUUUUUGGUAGGAUGAGGACCGUAUCUUUACCAACUUGUAUGGUCGACAUGAUUGGAAGUUAAAGGGAGCAAUUGAAAGGGUAAAGUUUUUGUAAUUUAAUGUUACAUGUAUUCUUGAAUGAGUCCUCUAUACUCAUGUAAUUUAUUGACUGUCUAUGGAAGGAGUAGGUGCUACAGGCACUUCAUCCUACAGAAACUGGGUUAAGUUUUGGCUGUUUGAGCCACAUGGCCCAUGGUGUCCUCUAUUUUGUUCACUACAACUAUACUUUACUUUGCUGUAAUUUGAUAAUAGGGUGAUUGGUACAAAACCAAGGAGAUAAUACUGAAAGGACAAGACUGGAUCAUCAAAGAAAUCACAAAAUCUGGCUUGCGUGGACGAGGUGGAGCAGGUCUGUAAUAAAGUACAUUUUAAAUUUGUAAUUUCGCAGAUACAGUUCACGUGGUUUUACAUGUAUUUUCAUGAUUUCAAGAGGCAAAUAUGACAAAGAGCGUAAAAUUUUGCGAUUCAAGCAUUCUCAACUGUGAUUUGAAUUUUCUAAUAUAUUUUGCAGGGAUUUUUGUUUGCAGGUCUUUAAUUUUGUGAUUUUCCAAUCGUGAAAAAUGUAAAAUUAAAGACCUGUGAAAUUAAGUACAUAUUAUGUACCAGUAAGGUAUUUUUAUACUUCAUUCGGUAAAAUAUUAUUCCCAGUAUCAUCUCACUAAGUUCCAAAAUGGAAUCUGUCUUGUCAAAUCUUCAUUGCUCACUUGUAAACUUUUAUUUCUUUCUGAAAGAAUUGCUUUAAGAAGGCUCAUUUAACUCCUCAAUUUUUUGUCAGGUUUCCCUACUGGAAUGAAAUGGGGCUUCAUGAACAAGCCAUCAGAUGGAAGGUACAACUUGUGUAACAUUUUGUUCUUUUCUGUUGACAAAUUAAAUGAUGUAGCAAGUGCAAGUGUACUAAGCAGCCAAAUUUGAAUCUCACUUUAAAUCGUGGAAGUUUCCUGGAAAGGAAAUGUUUUUAAUUUGGGCUGGUGAGGGGUGUGUAUUCAGAAUACAGUUGAGCCGCACGUUUAUGUGGCUCUGGCUGAUAGCUAAGAGAUUAGUUUUUGUAAACCAAAUCAAUUUGUACACUGUACUGUAUACAUGUUCAGUCAUAUACACAUGCAGUAGAGAUUUUGAAAAUUCAGGCUUGACCAGGAAUCCAACCCUGAACUUUGUGAUGACUGGAUGUAAUACUCUAUCCAUUGACCUUAACAAGCCAACUGGAGAGCAAGCCAUCAUGAGUUCACAAUUUACCUGGCAGAAAAAUUCUGAAAUAUAUGAAAUGAUCAUAUGCUCAUGUUCACUUUCAUAUCUAUAUCCACAGUUCAAGGCAGUAUGAUUCAUUUCAUAUAUUUCAAUUCAAUUUGUAAACUGUUCACAAGAAAAUUUACUUCUUUUUGCCCUCAGGCCAAAGUAUCUUGUGGUAAAUGCAGAUAAUCAUGGCAAAGCCUUUGAUGAGGCUGCAGUUAAAUGGAUUACAGAGUAAGUUAAAUUGCUUUUUUACCAUAUACUUUUUACAACUUGUAGUGUCAUGUCAGAUCUCUAGUAGAUCGAAGUUCCUUGCUGAAACUCCAUGCAGUUAUGUAAGCUUUAUACUAUCCAUGCAUUCAGCGAUCUUCUAUUUUCGUGUUAGUAUUGGGCAUAGUGAAUUUAUUUUCAGCCGUAAAUAGACAGUAGAAAGCUGAACUUGUUAUGUUUAUUGACCGAUGUAAAAAUAGAAAUAAAUAAAUAAGUAAAAAUAAAAGUAAAAAUAUAACGAGAAUCGAAGAAGUAAAGUUAAAAGGCACAUUAUAUUUUGAUGAAAAUGUUUUUCUCUUUGGAAGUUACGGUCGCCUCAUUCCAUGGCCAGAUCGUUCGAAGCCAGAUGAUUCCGUCUUGUUGCCAGAUUGUCAGUUUAAAUCUGGAAGAACGUGAAGGGCGUUUGUUUUGGCUUUUUAGCUUAAAGAAUGAGGUACUAUGUGUAUACAUGAGUAAUGCCUCUGUUUGUGCUCGUGGCUUAAAGACUCAUGAAAAAUUCUGACUACAGUAUAAUUAUUGUGGGAUUGUUUGACUAUUAAGUGGAACGAUCUGAAUUGGAACAAUCUGGCUAUGGAACAAAGUGACCAGAUACCCACAGAAUAUAGACCUUGUCGGAGUGAUUUACAGAUUCUACCUGCCAUUCCUUAGACCUAUUGACUCUUUACCUCUGUGGAUCUCUUUACUUAUCACUAAUUUGAUUUUUUAAACACAUUUUCUCAUCUAAGGGGGACAGAUUCAGUCUCUGUGCCGUGCUGUUGCUUGCACUAGGCUGUCAUCAACAGCUGCAGCGUCUUCACCACCGGUUAGUUUUAUUUUUGUUAAUGUGGUAGUCAGUAUGUUCAGAAUUGGAUGAGAUCUCAGAAUUGACUUUUUGAUGGAAUAUUAUUGUAGUUUAUCCAACCUGAGUAAUCACAAAUUUUAAAGAUGCUAGGUUCAGUGCAAUGCUGGCCCACAGACCAUGCAUGCAGGUAUAUUUUUCUGGUGUUCAAAGGCUUUGUGUUUGUGUGCUCUAGGGCAAUGAUUAAUGGCCAGGGGAGCUAGGUAUCUCCCUCUGGCUACUAUGAACUUGAUCCUUGGCUACUUUCAAAAAACAAGUAGAAGAAAAAUAGAACCAAAAGAAAUCACUAGCUGUUUGAUUCGUCACCAAUUUGGAAGAGAAGAAAAUGUGGCAAUUUGGGUCAUAGGCAUUAGGGUGUAAAAAUGAGGUUGGAGGAGGUAAGAGAAGGGAAGAAAAAUUAUUUUCUAUCUGCCCUGUCCCUUCUGUUUCCUUACUCCAAUUCAAGUGCUUAGUUAUAUGGAAUUUAACAUGGUGGUUACCUGAGGGAAGAAACAAACUGUGUGCCCUGGAAUAGAAGAUGCCAGCAUUGCCAUUUAACUUCGGCCACUUAAACUUUAUUUUUACGUUGCUUACAGGGUUUAAAUAUCAAGAAUUGUUUGAAAACAUACAGUAUUUAAAAGAAUUUGUUAUAAAGAUAGAUAAAAGAAAAGACAAUCUAAGGAGGUAUGUGCAUAGUGGCAAAGAGAGCGGCAGCUUUCAAGUUGGCUACAAUCUUGUAAGCUGUAGAAUUGGAGUCCAUUUUGAAUUGGUGUCAGCUGUUACCACAAUGCCUGAAAAGGUCAAAGAUUAUUUGCUUCCACUCUACAAAAGAUCUACCAAAAUAAAUAAAAGAGACUUUCUUUUGCUCCUGUGGUUUGUUUUGAAAACUAAUCUGAAAGACUGCCUGAAAUACUAAGCCCAAAGCUGAGAAAUGUUCCUUCCAAGUUGCAUCUCAAAGCUUGUUAAACAAUGACCGGAUAAUUUUGUUUUAGGUCAGGGUCUUCUUGGGUCUAAUCCUGCACACCCAUUUUGUUUUGUAGUUACAUGCAUACUGUCCUGUCUUGUUGUCUGUCAAAGCAAACUGUUGUUACUAUUAAUUAAGUAAAAUCUUAUCAAUGUCUUUUGAUGCCUUUGCAGGCCAAGACAUCUUUUGGCAAUAUGAAGGUUGGUAAAUAUUUUUUUUAUUAUUGUGCAUAAUUGCUCAAGUGUCUUACACGUAGCUUGCUUGUGAUAAAUUAAUAUUAUUGGAAUGUGCAAAGAUCAUUGUGAAAUCAUGACUUGCAAAUUACAGAAGUACUCAAAGAUAAAAAUUGAAUCUUUUUUGGUAGGAUGAGGACCGUAUCUUUACCAACUUGUAUGGUCGACAUGAUUGGAAGUUAAAGGGAGCAAUUGAAAGGGUAAAGUUUUUGUAAUUUAAUGUUACAUGUAUUCUUGAAUGAGUCCUCUAUACUCAUGUAAUUUAUUGACUGUCUAUGGAAGGAGUAGGUGCUACAGGCACUUCAUCCUACAGAAACUGGGUUAAGUUUUGGCUGUUUGAGCCACAUGGCCCAUGGUGUCCUCUAUUUUGUUCACUACAACUAUACUUUACUUUGCUGUAAUUUGAUAAUAGGGUGAUUGGUACAAAACCAAGGAGAUAAUACUGAAAGGACAAGACUGGAUCAUCAAAGAAAUCACAAAAUCUGGCUUGCGUGGACGAGGUGGAGCAGGUCUGUAAUAAAGUACAUUUUAAAUUUGUAAUUUCGCAGAUACAGUUCACGUGGUUUUACAUGUAUUUUCAUGAUUUCAAGAGGCAAAUAUGACAAAGAGCGUAAAAUUUUGCGAUUCAAGCAUUCUCAACUGUGAUUUGAAUUUUCUAAUAUAUUUUGCAGGGAUUUUUGUUUGCAGGUCUUUAAUUUUGUGAUUUUCCAAUCGUGAAAAAUGUAAAAUUAAAGACCUGUGAAAUUAAGUACAUAUUAUGUACCAGUAAGGUAUUUUUAUACUUCAUUCGGUAAAAUAUUAUUCCCAGUAUCAUCUCACUAAGUUCCAAAAUGGAAUCUGUCUUGUCAAAUCUUCAUUGCUCACUUGUAAACUUUUAUUUCUUUCUGAAAGAAUUGCUUUAAGAAGGCUCAUUUAACUCCUCAAUUUUUUGUCAGGUUUCCCUACUGGAAUGAAAUGGGGCUUCAUGAACAAGCCAUCAGAUGGAAGGUACAACUUGUGUAACAUUUUGUUCUUUUCUGUUGACAAAUUAAAUGAUGUAGCAAGUGCAAGUGUACUAAGCAGCCAAAUUUGAAUCUCACUUUAAAUCGUGGAAGUUUCCUGGAAAGGAAAUGUUUUUAAUUUGGGCUGGUGAGGGGUGUGUAUUCAGAAUACAGUUGAGCCGCACGUUUAUGUGGCUCUGGCUGAUAGCUAAGAGAUUAGUUUUUGUAAACCAAAUCAAUUUGUACACUGUACUGUAUACAUGUUCAGUCAUAUACACAUGCAGUAGAGAUUUUGAAAAUUCAGGCUUGACCAGGAAUCCAACCCUGAACUUUGUGAUGACUGGAUGUAAUACUCUAUCCAUUGACCUUAACAAGCCAACUGGAGAGCAAGCCAUCAUGAGUUCACAAUUUACCUGGCAGAAAAAUUCUGAAAUAUAUGAAAUGAUCAUAUGCUCAUGUUCACUUUCAUAUCUAUAUCCACAGUUCAAGGCAGUAUGAUUCAUUUCAUAUAUUUCAAUUCAAUUUGUAAACUGUUCACAAGAAAAUUUACUUCUUUUUGCCCUCAGGCCAAAGUAUCUUGUGGUAAAUGCAGAUGAAGGAGAACCAGGGACAUGCAAGGACAGAGAGAUAAUGAGACAUGAUCCACAUAAGCUGAUAGAAGGCUGCUUAGUGGCUGGAGCUGGAAUGGGUGCAAGAGCAGGUAAGUGCCUGUAGAACUGAUAUUAGAACUCCUAUCUACAGGGAAUGAGAGGUUUAACAAGAAAAUUUUUUUUGGUACUUUCUCUUGCCAUGUGAGAAAUUAAGCCAUGAUGAUAUUGGCUAUGAUGACUCAUAAUGUCAUUUGUAUAUUUCAAUCCGUUUAUCCGUCAAAUUGUCAGUUGUCCAGUUGUUCUCUCCUACACUGUAGUUAAUUCCCAAUUGCCAUGUAGCUUUAAGUACAUGAAGCUUUUGAUACCCAUACAUGACUCUCUCUUAUACUAUGUCACAUGUACACGUAUUUUACAGCAUACAUUUAUAUCAGAGGAGAGUUUUAUAAUGAAGCAUCCAACAUGCAGAUGGCCAUUAAUGAGGCCUAUAAGGAAGGUCUGAUUGGUCGAAAUGCUUGCGGCAGUGGAUACGACUUUGAUGUUUAUAUGCACCGAGGAGCUGGGGCUUACAUUUGUGGAGAAGAAACGGUAAAAUACAGCCUUUUUUUACCUGUAAAUAACAAUAAAUUAUCGUGGAUGAUUGUACUUUAUAGUGUAGUGACUAUGAACAUGUAUUUUAUCAAAGUGGAUGACUUGUGUAACAUUGUGGAAAUGAAUCACUGCAAGUUCCUUGGCAAGCUUUGAUGUUUCAGUUAUUAAAUACUUGAGUCAUUUAAAAGACUUGACUGUAGUUACUGUAAAUACACUUACGGGUAGCAAAAAUCUGUGUGUGACAGUUAAUUUUGAUUUGAUUUCAUUUAGAAAUUUUAAUUCAUUGAAUAGAGAGAGGUUGCAUUGGAAAAUGAGGAUAAUAUUGCUCUAUGACAGAGCGAAUCUUUUUCAUUGUCUUGAAUACUGGUACAUGUAAUAUUUUUUUGGUAGGCACUGAUUGAGAGUUUGGAGGGAAAGCAAGGCAAGCCUCGCUUGAAGCCACCUUUUCCUGCAGAUGUUGGUAAGACCGUGUGUUAAGGGCUUUGCCGUUUACAGUGUGAACACAAGUGCAUUUGUAGUGAUUUGUCACUGUAACAAAGUGGUGGAAAAGUUUCAUAGGGGCAUUAUGUCGCUAUGAAGUUUUUGCAGCUACAUACUGUACUUGUUGCCUGACCUGUGCAGAAGGAUUGAUUUGUCGCACAGCUGCUCUGCAAAAGCGACUUAAUUGUAGUAGGAAGAUCAAGAACGAUUAAGCUUGUUCUCAUGUCAUUUGCAUUCUUUUUCUGCCUUUUUAACAGGAGUGUUUGGGUGCCCCACAACCGUGGCAAAUGUGGAGACUGUUGCUGUGGCUCCGGUUGGUAUAGAAUUUUUAUGUCCAUUAUUUUCCUGUUUUGAUUCAUCCUCAGAUGUACCUACAUGUAGACAACUUCUUUUAGAUCACCUUGCCAUUAUUGUACUUGUGUGAUAAUGCAACAAAAUUGAUGCAAUAUCAAUGUACUGAAUUUCCGCAAAGAUUAUUUUUCUCUCCGCAUAAUAUUAUUUUGUUUAUAGUUACAGAUCUGUAAUUUCUCUUUCAUCGUGUAUUGGUUAAACUCUUACCUAGAACGACUUUCCAGAUUUCAGUUUUCCCAUGCUAGGCUGAGCUGGCUAAUCGUGUUUGGCAGCUAUUUUAUUUAAAUGUAUGUUUCUGAACAAUCUUACGGUUUUUUCAAGUUUUUAUUAAGAUCACUUUGAGUGAUGUGCAAGUGGUGAAUGUGAAAUUUUGUACAAAUUAAGUAAAUAAACAUCAGUACAUGUAAAUAAUUAAAAUAAUAAAAAAAAAAUCGAUAAAGGACUUCAAUUCUCUGUAGUAAUUUUAUCUAAUUUUAAUCUCACUAUUUUGCUCAUGUCAGGCGAUCUGCAGAAGAGGAGGGGAUUGGUUUUCUUCGUUUGGUCGACCAAGAAACACAGGGACAAAAGUAAGUGAAUCAGAUAUCGCUGUCUAAUUCUUAGGGUAUCGGUUCGUUUCGCCCGAAGGUCGAUUCGUCCGAUGGCAGUUCGCCCACUCAGACUAGGUCGAUUCACCCCAUGUGUUUUUGUUGUUCUUUAAGCCCGAGAAAAGGGAAUAAGCAUGGAAAGACAAUGAAUGCACAUGUGGAAUCCAUUGUUAACUGAAAUAACAUCUUGGAGAAGUAGGUUCACCAUGUAGUAGAGUGUUGUUUGUCAUCGGGCGAAUCGACUUAAGUCCUAGCGAACGCCUUCCGGCGAAACGACCGCAAUUCAUACUUAGAGCUACAACUUAUUUGAAGUAGACGAGGAAAUGAGAAAGGUAGUCAGGGUUUUGUAAAAUGUUCGUGUUUUCCGUGGCUCACAUUUCUAAGGGUUAUGCUGGGAGACAACUCAAGGGCUUGAAAAAACUUGAUUUUGGACAGCUUUUCCUUUGGGGAGCAGCUCUCACAUUUUGUUUGCCUGGGACCACGUCUUGCUCGUUUUAGUUUUGAGGACGAGGCCAGGACGACUACGAGGACUACAUUUAAUUGUUAGUUUUCUCGCCUAUUCUCUAAAAUGUACACCUCGAAAAGCUUCUUUGUACUUUUUUUCACCACCAAAGUUAGCAUGCUUAUUUCCGUUGAAGGAGGUGAAGCCCUCCCCAAUCGUUAAAUGAUAAAAUUCCUAACAUUUGAUAACUUUUUUCGCCAUUACGACAUUCUCGCUAAAACUCGUAGUAGAACUGACGACGGCUACCACAUUUUCCCGCCAAAAUGACGUUGGUUCGCGUGCGUGCGCUACUUGGCAUUGAGAAAAUCUUGUCUCCUAGUCGUACUCCUCUUAGAAUCUAAAGCUCUCUAAAGAUUUUUGUUAGAGGAUGACUUGCCAGGACUCUAAUAACCCAAUCAGCAAGUAAGCUUGAAAGUUACUUGCCCAGCAAGAAAAUCUUCUUGUCCCGGACUAUCGGACUGGACUUCUUUCGAGCCCUGCACGGACAAAAUUUCCGGCCCCGGGGGCCCCUUUCUCGAAAGUCCCGAUAUUUUUCGGGCCCGAGAUCAAAUAUUCAAAUCCAAAAUAUAAAGAAUAAGAGCGCGGAUUCUUGCCUAGCAUAAUUAAACUACUCCAUUUUGAUCCAUUAACUGAUGGUUUUAUCAUGUUAGAUGCAAAACUAUUGAAACCUCGGUCUUUUAAUGCAAACGGCAACAGCUUUACGGGCCCAUUAAUUACCGGGACUUUGGAGAAACGGGCCCCUCUUGAAGACAGUGCAGACUAGUGCUUGAUUGAACAAGAUCUUUGUUGUGUUUUUGUCGCCAGCUUUUCAACAUAUCCGGACAUGUUAAUCAUCCCUGUACUGUUGAGGAAGAGAUGUCUGUUCCCUUAAAACUCCUGAUUGAAAAGCACGCUGGUGGAGUUCUUGGUAAGCUACGGUACAACUACACGGCACAAAUGAAGUGAUAUCAGGGGCUUUAAGAUCCAACGACGCGGACGGUAACGAGAACGUCAAAACAACAACUUUGCGCGUGCACCAUGCUUUUUUGUACAUUUCUCUGCCCGUUUUGCACGACUACGACGUGAACAUGCCUAAUUUCGCGUUUUAUGGACGACGUAAACAAGCAACGACGAAAUUUUAUUUAUCUUACUGUACUUGGAUAUGGUGCCUAGGAAUUCAACUUCAGGAGGGUUUGCCUACAUUUGACAAAGUAAGUGGGUAGGAAUAACUGCGAUAUUGACUGAAAGAACGCAAAUUCACUUUUUAAGCGACGUUCUCAUUGCCGUCGUGUCGUUGGAUCUUGAAGUCCCUAUUUAUAUUGUAUGAGGUGAUAUUUUUGUGAGAAGUUUACACAACCACUUUUAGUAAAAAAGUUGAUUUUUUUAUAGGUGGCUGGGAUAACCUUUUGGCAGUAAUUCCUGGCGGCUCCUCGACCCCGCUUAUUCCUAAAGAGUAAGUAUUACUAGGUUAUUGUUUUCUGUUCUUGUCAGGGUAAUUGAAUCGCGUAUAUGUUUUUAGCUUUGCUUCUUUAAUUUGAUAUCUUCAAGUCUAAUCAUUAUCCAUAGGAUAAGUCGCUCAAACGAUGAGUGCCCGGAUCAUGCGCGCGGGAGCAGCGAAACGAGGGCGGUGCCUCUCCCGUCUCGCGCCUUCAGUCACGCGCGUGGUCAUUUGCGUGUCUCGUGCGUUUUGCCCGACGGACUAAGAAUAAUGAGAGGCUGCGCGUAGUCUGUUAUUCCACGAGUGCUUUUGGUUUUGUUUAAGCCUCAUGCGCACGUGAAUAGGGACGCGUCAAGACCUCUAUUAAGGGGCCAUCAAGCGCUUGAUACUCUUAGUUUAGCUUCCUUUCAAGAAUAUGAUAAAGGAAAAUACAACCCGAGAUAAAAGGUGACGACCGAUUGUGGACCAGUAAUUUGUAGUUAUGCCGCUCCCUUUGAGUGCUUGUUUUAAAAUUAAGUGAUGUUUCUGCAUGACAAACCCCUUAAGGGGCCAACCUCUAUUGGAGGUUCAACUGUAUUAUCAGACGUUUUCGUCUAUUCUUCAGUGUCUGUGAAGAUGUGUUAAUGGACUUCGAUGCCCUCGUUGAGGCACAGACUGGCUUAGGCACAGCAGCAGUGAUAGUUAUGAACAAACAGGUACUAAUAACUACAAUUUUCUCACGCUUUUCCUUGCCAAAGGCAAACCAGUAGGUCUGCGAGCAAGGUCUCCAUUUAGUCACGCGCGAGCGGCUCGCGAGAGGAUUUUGCACCCCUCUCCCCUCCCCUCCGUCGCUCGUGGCAAACCCUCGCGCGUUCUCUCGUACCUCGCCUCACUUGCCACUCGAAAUGAAGUGGUUGCUCGCAGGCUAGCAAAUCAGGUAAAGAAAAACUAAAACUGAACAAACUAACAAACGCAAAUUUAACGAAACAUGUUUUUGGUGGAGAUCAGAUGUGACAAGAGCUUGGCGGGAGAAUUUUGAUUUUCAAGUAACAUAACUGUUUCGUGGAAGAAAAGGGUUGCGAAACUGUCAGCGAAUGUCGAACGGAGAGUUCAGUAAAACGUUUUCUAAUAAAAGUUUGAUAUGUGUUUUCUCUUAGUGCGAUCUUAUCCGAGCCAUUGCAAGACUCAUCGAGUUUUAUAAGCACGAGAGUUGUGGUCAGGUAACUGUAGUGUCCUUUAACUAAUUUACGUGAAUUCUUGCCCCCGCAGGGAUUUCGCCGGGAAGGCUAAAUCCCGAGAAGGCAUCCAAGUAGCUCGCGCGUAUAUAAGGAAAGUAUAAAAGAUCUCGAUUUGCUUGAACAGGGGUCGCGCGAAAUCGUUGGGUAAUGAUGACGCUAAACGCCCCUAAGUAAGAAAUAAUUUGGGAUGACCUAAAACAGUAGUGGUUGGCCUGGUUAGUCGUGCAGCGAAGGAUAUUUGCUUCAACCAAUCAGAAGCACUACCCAAAUCUUGGUAGUGAGACAUCAUCAGUAUCGAAUUUUUGCGCUCGUUUCUCAGACGUCAUUUCGCGCGGAAACCAGUGAUGUGGUUUCGAAAUGUUCUCUGUUUUCUCAAGCUGUUUACGUUCACAAACGUUACCUGUCAAAUCUCUUCAUGUUGACAAAUUAGCUUUGCAAACUACGUUGAUUAAACCAAAUUUAGUGUUGUCCGUCGCUGGGGUCUUGCUCAAUCGCACAGUGAUCUUAACAUAGCGCUUUUUACUGGAGUGACUUAACCCAAAGCAAUAGGGCCAAUCCUCACAGUGAUAGUCAGUUACGUGACGUGUUGUUUCUCUGUUGGUUACCAGUGCACACCGUGCAGAGAGGGCUGCAGUUGGAUGACCACCAUCAUGUACAGAUUCGGUGAGUAAAUAUUAUUCAUUCAUUUUACCGAAGAAUGGAAAGUGUGGUCCUUUAGUGUCGUUAUAAUUACAAUUUCAAUUAAUACAAAUAAAUAUAGCGCAAUUUUCCAUGGAGCAGGAUCAAAUGCGCUUUACAAUAAGUUAAAAAAAAGACUAAUAAUGAAUACAAAUUUACAAGCAGGUAAAAGGUGUAAAUAAUAAUAAUAAUAAUAAUAAUAAUAAUAAUAAUAAUAAUAAUAGCAAUAAUAAUAAUAAUAAUAAUAAUAAUAAUAAUAUAACUAAAUAAAUAAACGAAAUAAAUACUCUACUACAAAUUAAAUGCUUGUUUAAAAAGGUAUGUUGUAACAUGGCAUUUGUUAUGAUCAGUUCUUAUUAAUUUUUGCUUUCUUAGUUGAAGGAAAUGCAACUCCAGACGAAAUUGACAUGUUGUGGGUAAGUGAAAACGUCAGCAUGGGUUAUUUCCGAAUCCCCCAUAGUAUACCCUGUUUACCCCCCCCCCCCCCCCCCCCCCCCCCCCCCCCCCAAUUUUUUUACAAAUUUUUUUUUUUUGGGUUCUUUGGGAAUUUUUGUCCCAAAAAACAGGCGAUGUGAAAAAUAAAAAAAUUUUUUGUGGGGGGGGGGGUUUGCUCUUGUCAUGUUUUUGGUGUUUUCCAAAAAAAAAAAAGGGGGGAAAUAUUUUUGUUGGAGGGGGNUUGCUCUCCAGGAGGUGAGGCCCAUAUCCCCCAGUCACUGGGAUCGGGAGCAGGGGGAGGGGGGGGGGGGCAGGAGGGGGCCCCCUGGCUUGAGUAAACAGAGUGUGUUAUCAGGGAUUCGGAAAUAGAGAAUUCACAACGUUGAAAGGAAUUUGUGCAUGUGUGGUAGAAGACCUAACUAGUACAUGUUUUCUUCGUUGAAAUCAGGAGCUGAGUAAGCAGAUAGAAGGUCACACAAUUUGUGCUUUGGGUGAUGGCGCCGCGUGGCCAGUGCAGGUGAGAACACGAAAAAGAAGACUGUAUUUCCAAUACACAGACCAUUAGGCUGUUUUAUUAUUCUUGAAAAUAGAGAGAGACCUUAAGAUUUUAAAACGAGGACGACUACGAGAAUGAGCUUUUUUCAAUAUUAAGUAGUGCGCACGCGUGAACCAGCGUCAUUUUGGCGGGAAAACGCGUUGGCCAUCGGGAGGAGGGCUCAACCUCCUUCAAUAAUAUUCAACAAUCAUUCCUCGAGCCCGAAUGGGCUCUGAGUCAACAUGGGCUAUUGACUCAGAGGCCGUGAGGACGAGAGGAAUAAUUGUUUUAGUAAAAUACAACUAGUUGGUCAAAAAUAUCGAGACAAAACAACUUCAGCUGGGAAAACGCGAUUCAGUCGUCAUUGUUUUGGUUUUCAAAACCGGCGCUUUUCGCUAUUAGUGGGCAGGGGCUAUAACAUAUAGCCUAGUAGUAGCUCAACCAAUCGGAACGCAGCAUUGAUAAUAGACCACUAGUUGGAUUGUACUAAAUAGAUUUAUCUUGGGCGAAAAGGGAAGCUGUCGUUAAUAUCUAUAGUUUACUCAAGCAAAAUAUAAAAUCGUGUAAUUCUAAGCGGCGACGGGAACAAAACAGCCCAAAAAAUCAGUAGGUCUAAUUAGCGAAAAAACAACUUUGCACGUGCAACACACUUUUUUUGUACAUUUCUUCGCCGUUGUUUUGCACGACUACAACGUGAAACUUCUUAGUUACACGUUUUAAGAAGGAAAUGUUGUUUGCGUUGCUGUUCACUUUUUUUUUUUCGCUGCCACUCAUUUUCACCUUGGUGGCCGCUAGCAUUUCUCAUUUUCUCACCGCCGCUAAAACAUUUUCACGUUAUUCUUCCAACAAAAUUACAGGCCUUCUAUAUUUUUUAUCGCUCGCUCUAGCUCUUUUUCUGUUAUCCACGUCAAUGUAGACAUUAAAAUUAAGUCGAAAGAAAGAAUCGUCGUUGUUGUUGUUGUUUAUCUCUAAAAGUCCGAGUGGCAAUGCGAUUUACCGCCGAAACGCGCGGGUACUUGAAAUGCAAAAUUUCACCCCGGCUUACACUAAUGGGUGGACGUACGAACGGACGCUUACGGACGAUUUUCUGAGAACCAAAAUUCUUGGAUGCAUAGAUAACCAAAUUCUCUUACCCAUGGUGCUCCGCUACAUAUAACCGUGUUUACUUUGCUGAAAAAAAAGUACAAUGAAGCUUUUUGAGAAUACGCAAAAAAAAGAAAAGUAAGAAUAAAGUAAAAUCUCGUCCUCGUCGUCUAAUCAGAAAGUCUCUAAUAAAAACAAACAAAAUAGGAAAUUGUUGGGAAAGUAAAGUGAUUUAGACUGAAACAGGAAAACGCGCUUGUAAGUUGCUAAAGAAAUAGGAAGGCGCAAUAAAGUUGUUUCAGACAGCGAAAUUAAAAGGUUCGGAAAUAAAGCGUGUUUUGGUGUAUAAGUAGAGAAAAUAUGUGAAGAUAAACAUUGGGGAGGUAUUUGGGAACUCAAAUACAUUUUGAACGGAGUUACAGGGAGGAAAAAGAUAGCCUGCGUAGCAAGCGUUUCCGCGCGAGUUCGUCAAGUCAGGACCAGAGAGGAAAGAGGAUAGGCCUAGAAGUGGAGCUACUGUCAAUAACUCAUUAACAAUUGUUUCAUAACCUUUUUUUGUUUAGGGACUCAUCCGCCAUUUCAGACCUAUGCUUGAAACCAGGAUGGCGGACUUUGCUGCAAAGCAGAAAGGCACUUCAACAGCGUGAAGAAGCAGAAGUUAAUUUGUACAGAAUGAUCAUUGAAAAAGAAGCAAUCUUUGUUAAAUGGAGAAGGAAUACCUGGACAGUCUUGUCAUCUAUCGUUUAACCCUUUUUUUAGCUAAUCUGCGUGGAACUUGAUAGACUAUUAAAUUGUUUAUAGAUAAAUUACUGUGUGAACUGUGUUUCGCAAGGGAGUUUUUCAAUACUGGCAGUAUUGAAUAAUAGCCCCCCUAGAAGAUCAACAUUUCUGUUUGGCAAAUACCGAGUAAUUGUUAUUAGUCAGAUUACAUUUUAUUGUCAAUCUGCAUUUCUGUUUUCAGCUAUUGUUAUCAUGAAGAAAAUAAAAACAACUUAUUUUGAGAUUUUGUUAUGUGUGUAGAAACUCGAAGGUAACCUAAUUUUGUCUGAACUGUACUGUGGUCUCCCUGUCUGAUCAAUUCAUUAUUGUUUUGCUAAUGACCCGUUACCAGGCAUGUUCGUUUAUUUUCCAGUGAAGACGCUAAAAAUGACUUCUUACUUUGUUCGUACAAUGUCACAGCUUUUCUUCUCAACGUUUUGACCCGCUCAUUACUGUAUACCCUCCGCACAGCGCGCUAAGCACCGAAGAACGCGAGAACAGACAUGGAGUGUGACUCGUGAAAAGAUUCUCACCGACGUGAGAACAAUGCUAUGCGAACCGUAAUGAAAAAGCUUUUCAACUCACGGUGUUACGUUGAAAAGGGUUUAUUCUUUUUUUGAACGUAACAGUGAUGAUUAAUGUUGCAUUGAAGCUAUUGAUUGGCAAUAAAAACAACUUGUUACUCUUAAAGUCUUGAUCAGUG